CAUAUUCAUACUUUCGGCCGUUAUUCUUUAAUUAUUUUUUAACAAUUUUUAUUUCUUUGAUUAUUUUUUGGCGAAAAACUCCCAAAAUUUUAUCGGAUGUCCCUGAAGGGACGCCCAGCCAAAAUAAUAUGAAGCCCAAUUAUCAAAUCAUCAAGGGUUUAGGUUAAAGCUUUUUGGUGGUUGUCCAGACCAUCACGGCCCGCAUUCAGUGAUUCUUACUGGUGGUUCGUACUCAAGAAGGGUUUUUUGAGACUAGCGAAAUGUCAUCACCAUAUCCUGUUCUUGGAGAUCGGCCAAUCGAUCAAUGGAAGGUCACUGAACUAAAAGAUGAACUGAAAAGACGUAAGUUGAUGACAAAGGGAUUGAAAGAGGAUUUAAUUAAACGGUUGAAUGAAGCCAUUCGGGACGAGCAAGAAAGUCGGAAUGAAGAAAAUAGUUUUGGUUCAGUUCUUCAAUCAGAGACUUUAUCUGAUGAAACAGCCGGAGUUACUACCUGUGGAAAAGCUGAAACUAUUAGUGUUAGGGAGACAGUUACCGAUGAGAGACAUGUAGAUUCGCGUUCUAAGGUCACCUAUGAACAAGAACAAGAAAGUGGCAAUCUGUCUGUUUCAAAAAAUUCCAAAGACGCAAUUGAAGAUGUCAGUCGCAAUAUUCCUGAUGUUGAUAUCAAUAAUGAUGCAAUUGAAGACGAGCCUAUUGAUGAGGAAGUUAGAAAGGGUGAAGUCAUGGAUGGCUCUGAUGCUACUGGGUUGCAAGAUAAUUUUGUAGCACAAGUUUCUGCUGGGGGAAGCAGUGACAUGAUCUCCGAGGAUUUAGAGUCUGCAAUAGCUUCAAAAGGAGAAGUCUUGCUGGAUAUGGGAUCCCAAAACAUGAUUCCAGACGGGAAGGCUCUGCUGGAGGAUGACAACUCGAAACCUUUGCAUUCCGAUGCUAACGUCGAUAUAUCUGAUACGAAUACCCAGGUAUCUGAGGUCAAUCAUGUUUCAGGGUUUCAAGUAAAGUAUGAAUCUGUUACUACUGAAACUAUCUUGAUUAUAGGAAAAAAUGAGCUCAAGGAUGAUGUAAAUGUUGAUGAUGUCAAACUAGAACAGGAUGUUAAGCCUGAGCUUGUGCAGCCAUCCUUCAGUAGUGAUAUCCCCAAGGAUGGCAAAUCACAUCCUGUUGCUGUGGAGGAGCCACAUGAUAAUAAUGCUGAUGGUGUGGAUGAUAGGCCCAAAAUAGAUACUGAGGAUUUAAAUUCUUCAGGAAAGGGGAAUUUAGACCAAAAUUCUGGUGACGAUUUCAUGGAUGAAGAUGUGACAGAGACUAAGCUAAUGAGUGCAAAAGUUGUUUCUGAAGAAAUGACUGAUGAAGGAAAACUUGAAGAGUCUGUUCUAAAGGAUGGUCAUGUUGACAUUGUGAGAGGAGAUAUAUCUGAUCAGAAAAAAGUAUCUAAUGCUGAGGAAAAUGAGCAUCCUGGGACUCCGUUGGUGAAAAGAAAGUUUAAUGGUCAACUUGCAGUUGGGAAUACUGAUGUCGUGAAAAGGCAGCGACGCUGGAAUUCCGGUGGUCCAAAAGCAGCCGAGGCACGGACUGAUGAUGCUGUUUUGACUAGCCCUAAGAACUCCUUCCAGCCAGCAUUCAAACGCAGUUUUUCUAGGUCUGACUCAUCAGUUAGUGUGGAAGUGCCUAAAGAACGUGUUGUCCCACCGCCAGCAAAUCCUCCUACCAAUUCCCUCAAAAUUGAUCGUUUUCUGCGGCCUUUUACGUUGAAGGCUGUUCAGGAGCUUCUCGGCAAAACUGGUACUGUCACCGACUUCUGGAUGGAUCAGAUCAAAACACAUUGUUAUGUCUCUUAUUCAUCUGUUGAAGAAGCUACAGAAACUCGAAAUGCUGUUUACAACUUGCAAUGGCCUCCAAAUGGUGGCCGCUUGUUGGUGGCUGAGUUUGUUGAUCCCCAGGAAGUUAAAGUACGAGUAGAGCCUCCUCCGCAAUCUCCUGCCCCUCGAGCAAGCCCAGGUGCUAGUUCCUUGCCCGCUGCUCAGGGUGGGCAAACCCAACCCCCUCCAAGGCCACAGGUUUCAAAGCAACAAUUACAACAACCUCCUCCUCCUCCACCAACAUUGUCUAAUCCACCGGCUGUUAGGGAACAGGUCCGGCCUCCUGCAAGAGAACACCAUCAGCCUAUUAGGGAACGGCUCACCCUUCCCCCACCCCCUCCACUUGCUGAGAAAGCUGAGCCCCCAAUUUUGACAUUGGAUGAUCUCUUUAAGAAGACUAAAGCAACCCCGCGCAUCUACUAUUUACCCCUUUCUGAUGAACAAGUUGCAGCAAGGCUCCCGGCCCGGGGGACUGUUGACAAGCAGUAUGCAGGUUUUGCUCGUAGGAUGUUCACAUUAGAGUGGUCCUCGAGGAGCCAGUUCGAUGAUGGUUUUCUGGUUCCAGAAAUCUAUUGGGUUGAGGAGGGCUGUUUUUUUGCUGUUGUCAUGAAUAGUGUGUUCUCCGAACAGUUACUUGCUGAGAAGCUUUCAAAGGUCAAUAGCUCUCAGCAAUGUAUAGAGACGUUAUCACAUUGGUGCAUUUUUCACCGUAGUAAAGCAGAGCAGGUCGUUGCAACAUGGGAGAAACAAUUUCAUUGUUCAGAAAUGACUCAUAAAGUUCCACUUCUAUAUCUUGCAAAUGAUAUCUUACAGAACAGCAAGCGUAAUGGGAAUGAGUUUGUUACUGGAUUUUGGAAGGUUCUUCCUUCUGCACUAAAAGACAUAGUCGAGAAAGGUGAUGAACGUGGGAAGAAGGUGGUCUCGCGAUUGGUUGGCAUAUGGGAAGAAAGGAAAGUUUUUGGCUCUCAUACAAAAAGCCUCAAAGAUGUUAUGCUUGGAGAAGAAGCACCAGCACCUUUGGAAUUUGGAAGAAAACGUUCGCGUUCAGUUCGGAUAGUCAAAAGAGAUUCAAGGUCCAUAAAGACGAAAUUAACUGUUGGAGGCACAGCAGAAAAGAUUGUCACAGCUUUUCACCUCGUCCUGAAUGAACAAAUCAGUGAAAGUGAAGAAAUGAAUAAAUGCUCGUCUGUGGUGCACCGAGUGAGAAAGAUGGAAAGGGAUGUUAAUACGGCUCUUAGUAAAGUAAAGGAUCCAAAACGUCUAACAUUGGCCAAAGAAUUGGAAGACGAAGAAAAUCAUUUACAACAGUCCCUUGAUAAACUUAAACUUACUGAAGCAAAUAGAGAGGCUCUUGUAUCUCAGUUACGGGAGGCACUUCAGGAACAGGAAGCUGAGCUUGAGAAUGUUCGCACACAGAUGCAGGUAGCCAAAGCACAGCUGGAGCAAGCUGGUAACAUGAGGAAGUGCCUACUUGAUGAAAAUUAUGUUGCGGAUUCAAAAUCUUCAUUCAGCACUGCUUCAAAUGACGCAGCUUCAAAGGCAGGGCAAACAAGCAAAAAACCAACUGCAGCUGAGGUUGCAGACAGGCUUGCAGCUUCGACAUCCUCUCAACAUAUUAUCACAUCUGUCCUUUCUACCUUCGCAGCUGAGCAGGCAAAGAGUGCUGGGUUGAUGAAGUCGGCCUCAUCCACUCCAUCCUCAGUGCCAAAUAAUGCAGGCAACAAUGCGGUAAUGCAGCAAGAGGUUACGAUGCCACAAACUCCACAAAACAACCUUUAUCAAAUUCCAGUGGCGGCCAUGCAGGCCCAGAUGGCCAACCCUCAGCAGCAAUAUGUGCAUUCACACCCUAAUCAAUCUUCACAGCAAUAUGUGCAGCUAGCAGGAGCUGCAAGCUCGUAUCCAUAUGGCACCGUUCCUCCAUUGCCUUCUGGUCCACCUCCACCGCCGCCCCAAAAUUUGCCUUACAUGAUGGCCCCUAUGACUCAGCAACAACUACAAAUGAGUCAGCAACAGCAUCUGACUUCAACUCACCAACCAAUACUAAUGAAUCAGCAACAAUCAACUUCGUUACCCCUACAACCGAUGCCCAGUUUCCGACCAGUUACUCCUCUACAGCCACCUGGAAUGGUAUACUAUGCUCCUCCUCCUCAUUCACACUGA